UUGGCUUCUUUUGCACAGUCAGUUGCUGUGAUUGGAUGUGUGUCUUACGCUGGCUACCGUUUUCUACGUUCUUUUGUUUUACCUCGGUUCUUUGAUAUUCCUGAUCCAGCAACUGAGGAAGUGCGGCAGCUUCAGGGACAAGUUAAUGAACUACAAAAUUCAAUCAAGUUCGUCUUGGAUAGUGUCUCCCAAACUACAUCAAUGUUAGCGGCACAACAACAAGAGAUCAGCAAAGCCUUACUGUCUGUCAGUCAACGGGACACCGACAUCAGUAAAGUGGAGACUGGUAUAUCUACCAUAAAGAGCUUGCUGCUAAGCCAUAACAAUUUUGCGCCUAUUCUCGCUCCGACAGCUACGUCUGCCAAGCUACCAAGCUGGCAACAAGUAUGUAAAGUAUCUCUUCAACUUACUGCAAGCGUUGAAUGCUGUUGUGUUUCUUUAGGCGGAGUCAUCGUCCUCGGCUCCUGCUACAACCUCAGGUUACACGACACCUCCCGCAAACUUCAGAGAGAAUUUGGACGAACCUGA